AAAAAACCUAUUCUAAUUAUGGGCAGUUGUUAAAGUACUCCAAGUAUUGUAGAUGAUUUACAAACUAUGGAUUCCAGUGCCUGUAAAUAAACAGAUAAUCAAAUAAAAGAAGAAAUCUCUUCUCAAUAUGAUGAGAACAAGAUCAUUAUAAUUCAGGCUUAUUAUAGAGGACAUAAAGUUCGUAAAUCUAUUAUGCAAACUCUCUAAUCUUCAGAACCUUCUGCUCCAACUUAACCAGAUAAUCCUAAACUUUGUUUUGAUCCAACAACAAUUGUAUAAGAGAGUGACCAACCUAUCAAAAUGAAAAAUGGAGCUAUCUAUACUGGUGAAUGGAGAGAUGGCAAAGCUAAUGGAAAAGGAAAAUAUUAAUUCCAUGAUAGGUAGUUACUAAUUUUUAUAUUUCUAGUUACAUAGAAGGAACUGUAAAUUUUAUUCAAUAUAUUUUAGUGGAUUUCCAAUGAACUUUAAGGUGAAGGAGUUUAUGCUAAUCAAAAUGAAACAUAUAGAGGAUAAUGGAAAGAUAAUAUGUUCCAUGGUUAAGGAGAAUUCAAGUAUCAUGAUGGUCAUAUCUAUACAGGUAUCUACCAUUUUUAUAAUAGGUUAAUGGAAAUAGGGUUUAUAACAUGGGAUAGGUAAAGAAAUUUAUAAGGAUAAAUCUACUUAUGAAGGAAAUUUUUAAAAUGGAAUGAAAUGUGGAUUAGGUAUUUUUCACUUAUCUGAUGGUUCAAUUUAUUAAGGAGAAUUUUAAGAUGAUUUAUUUCAUGGAUAUGGUUCAUUUGUAAAUCCUAUUUAUUAAGUAGACUUGGCCUGAUAAACUCAAAGUAUAUGAAGGUUACUGGAAGAAUGGAUUAAAGAAUGGAGAUGGUACUAUGAAAUGGGGUGAUGGUAUUUUCUAUUCAUAUAUACAAAUAUUAGGACGUAUUUAUAAAGGCAGAUAUUUUGAUGAUAUUAAACAUGGAUAUGGAGAAAUGUAAUAUACAGAUGGUCGAAUAUAUAAAGGAUAAUGGAGAAAUGGCCUUUAGGAUGGAAUAGGCUUAUUUGUACAAAAAGAAGGGAUUGCCAAAUAAGGUUUAUGGAUUAAAGGUAAAUUAAAAAGAUGGCUCUGAUUUUAAAACAGAAUUUUGAUUUUCAAUCUCUUCUAAUAAUAUAUUAAUAAGUAUUAAUAAUAUAUAAUAGAACGAGGAAAAAUAGAUCUUAUUCAAAU